AUGCACUACGAAAAAAUAUAUAAAUUUAUACAAUAUAGUAGUCCAGUGUUUUUUAAAUCUAACCUAUCAAACACAGUAAAAUUUACAUGUAGAAAAAUGUCAACUGAUAUAAGAUCUAUGGAAAAAUCCAAAUCCGUAUUAAAAAAUAUGUAUUUUGCUGGUGUUAAUGCAGUUUCACCACAAAUUCUUGUAAAAAAUAAGGUUAAUUUUAAAGAUGGAAUUUUAUUCAUUGGAGACCAAAGUUUUGAACUCAAAGAAAAUGUUUACUUAGUUGGUUUUGGCAAAGCUGUCAUGGGUAUGGCAAUAGUUCUUGAGCAUAUACUUGGCAAAUAUCUGAAGAAGGGUAUAGUUAGUGUUCCUUCUGCAUCAAUGAAUGUACUAUGGGAGUCUGAAGACAAAUCAUAUUUUCCUUUAUUAGAAACUGGUGUAGUAAAAUACUAUGAAGGUUCUGAAAAUAAUCAACCAGAUGAUAGAUCUCUAGAGACAACACAUGAAAUUAUAGACUUAGUAGAAUCCCUCACAGAAAAUGAUAUUUUAAUUGUGUUGAUAUCUGGUGGUGGUUCUGCACUGCUUUAUAUGCCAAGACCAGUAAUUGAUUGUGAAGAUAAAUUACAUGUGUGUAAAAUGCUUCAAGCAGCAGGAGCUGAUAUUAAAGAACUCAACAUAAUUAGAAGCAAAUUAUCUAUGGUGAAAGGUGGUGGUUUAGCUCGAAUGGCUUAUCCAGCUUCAAUUAUUGGUUUAAUAUUGUCUGAUAUUGUAGGUGAUCCUAUAGAGUUAAUUGCUAGUGGCCCAACAGUAUACAGUGAUAAAAAGCCAAAAGAAGUAAUAGCUAUAUUGAAAAAGUAUAACUUAUUUGAAUAUGUAGAAGGAGAUGUAAAGAAAGUUUUAAUAUCAAAAGAAAGAUUCAAAGAUAAACAAUUACUAAUUCGAAGAAAAAAGCAAUUUAAACAUGUAACUAAUAUUAUUUUGGGAAAUAAUACUGUGGCAAUUGAAGCAGCUUCUUUAGAAGCAAACCAUCAUAAAUUAACUCCAAUAAUAUUAAGGUCUGAUGUCGUAGGUGAUGUACAUGAUGUUAGUUUAGCAUAUGCUCAUAUAACAAGUUUAAUAUGCCUUGCAUUAGACAAAACAUUAGAAAAAGAAGAGUUUUUUGAAAAAGUAAAAGAUAUUCCUAUACUUUCUUUAUCUGCUGCUAAAGUAGAUGAGAUUUUUAAUUUAAUUGAUAACGUGAGCGAAGAAGGAUUAGUAUUGAUUGGAGGAGGAGAACCAACGGUAGUGGUUAAAGGAAAUGGGAAAGGAGGUAGAAAUCAAGAAUUAGCACUGCAUUUUUCUUUAGAUUGGUUGGCAAAAAUUAAAAGCUAUCCUCGAUUUUCGGAAUAUGAAAUAAUAAUGUUAAGUGCAGGAACAGAUGGUCAAGAUGGUCCAACUGAUGCAGCAGGUGCAUUUGGGUAUCCUGCUAUAGGCCCACUAAUUCAUGAUGUAUAUACAAAAGUAAAAUCUUUAGCUUCAAGAGUGAUAAUUCAAGUAAAGGAAAAGGAAGAAGCUAUUAAAAAGAAAGAGAAAGAACAAGAACAAUUUAACAUACAACAGCAACAACAUAAAGAAAUAUGCAAAAGACAAGAAUUAAGUGGUUUUUUAACAAGUAAAGAGUUAGAAAUGUCAAAAGAAGAAGUUGACAUUAAUAAAGAUGAAACAGAUAAAGGCCAUGUUGAUACUGUACUUCCAUUUAUACUUCAAAUGAUGGAAGUAGAGCAUAUGUUACCUGAAAAUACUUUAAAAGAAAACAAUACAUACAAUUUAUAUUCUAGAUUUAAGAAAGGUUCAGAUUUAUUUAAAACUGGUUUUACUGGUACCAAUGUUAUGGAUUUACAUUUUAUUUAUAUAAAAAAACGUAAAUGUGACUGUAAAAUAGAUUUUGGAAAAGAAAUAUUUGAAAAUACUUUAGAUAUGCAUGAUUUGCAUAUUGAUCCUUCAACUAUUGAAAGAUAUAAAAGUUCAUUUGAACGAGAACAUUUUGAUUGGGAUACAUUUUUACCUCGAUUAUCACUUAUGAUCGAUGAAAAAGUUGAUCAACUUAAUAUAAAAAUUAUUGAUGAUAAUUUGACAGAUCCAUGUUGUCGUAAAGAAAGAAAAUUUCCACUAAAGAAUCUUUUAAAGGGUAAAGACCUUCCACUGUAA